CGACGUGCGGUGUGAACUUAAAGUGUCUUAGGUGAGAGGCAGUGGUGGUGGUGAAAUGGGUAUCAGCUGAAUUCCUCCAACACGUCUACAGUUUAACCACAACUCCCUUUUCUUUGGCAGUAACCGUUGGGCGCCAUGCUCUCCUGGUGCAGUAGCUGUCUGGGCGUGGGAACCUUCGGCCCGACCAGCCCGAACUCGCCCAUGACCCAGCCUCUCUCCUCCGCCCACAAGAACCUCAGGCUUCGGCGAUCCGUUGUAUCGAGGCGCGGAGAGUUGACUGACGACUCCGAGGACGACUCCGAGGACGACUUACCCGACGACCAGGGGUGUGGCAAGAGCAAUACGUGGUCAAGAGGCAACCCGGGGCUCCUACCACUGACCAUUCCCCGCUUCCCGAAACGGUGGUCGUGCAGGUUCAGCCGCCUUCCACGGCGAUGCACAGGCCGGAUCUGGAAGACACAGGAAGCAUAUCAAGCUACUUCCUACAGUCGCCAGAAUCUGCCGCGUCCUACGAUGAUGGCAGCGUCUACAGCAGUUACGGGAGCACCGAUGUGACCGAUCCAAGUGGCACUAGUAUUAGUAACUUGAGCAAUGUCAGCAACAGCAUUCGAGGCAGUAUUGGGAGUCUUGUUAGCGUGAAGAGUUCGGAGAGUGUUCUUCCUUAUUGCAAUACUAAUGACGGAGACAGUAACAUCAACCCCAGUCAUCGUCCACCGUCGCGAUUGAGCCCAGGAACUCGACGGCCUCACCCCAUGUUCCUAACCCCAGAGGAAGCAGCCAAGCCCCCUACUGUGCAACCGCCAGCCAAGGUGCAUGCUUUCUCUCCCGUGCAAGAAAGACUGUGGCUCGGCAGGGGCGUCUUGACAGGGAUCAUGGGGAAGAAGAGCGAGACAUUCGCUGGGGAAUACCUGACGGAGGGACAGAAGACGCCCGUGAAACUCCGAAGCGCGACGACCCUCCGGGCGAUCUCGGCCUUCGAGGCUCGAGUCGACACGAAGAACAACCCCGUCUGGUACUCCUUCGGGAGGGUCGUUCUUGCGCUCCGCUACCUCCUGGCCAAGAAAGAGCUUGAGGUGAGCGUCGUCCAGGUAACGGAACUACCCGCUGGGAGAGAGAAGUCAUCCAUCGACUUCCAGGUGUGCGUGAAACCGGGAAGGAGGAAAACGAGGUGGAUAAAGUCGGUGAAACCAGGACCCAGCCAUGACGCCGACGGCAUCGCUGCACAGUGCUCCCUCAAGGUUCGGAGAGUUCGCGAGCGUUCCCUUGUGAUGUCAGCUUUCGUAGCUGGCCGGAGAAACCACGUACAUCUGGCCCUUGGGCAUGCGGUGGUGCCCGACCUGGAGGCGCAGGCACUCACAGAUGGGCAGUGGCACACCUUCCCUCUUAAUCUGCGCCAAGGAUGCCAGCUCCAAGACCACCUGGGUAUGGCAAUGGUGGCUCUUUCCUGCUGCGAACGAACGUAUGGAUUCUACACCUUCACUGUAGAUAUCAUGCAUAUAAGGAACGUCAAAGUGCAGCGUUUGGGCACACAUGUUACCAGUUCCUUCAAGGCCAAAGCGGAACUAUGGGUUCAGGCUACCCUCAUGGUUGAUGGUCAACAAAAGGCGAAAUAUGACAUGCCCCCAACGCCCCUGGUACGGCCAUCCGGCUACGAUGAACAGGGGUGGGAAUCCAUCUUCAAGCACGGAUGCACCGUCUCCUUCCACGUGCCUAAAGAUAAGAUUCAUUUGGCAACCAUCAUCGUGAAGGUGAAUGGGCGAUCACGCCACCAUCUCACAUCCAAAGAGGCAUUACUGGGAACGGUGAGUUUUGGUCCCGAAGAGCUAUUCGGUGGCCAGCAUGCAGUGGGAGGUCAAAUGGACGUACCUGGAGACCCACUGGACAGCCGACUGACACACUGGGGUCAGGCUUUGCGUCGAAUGGCCAAAGUUGAUAUGUGGCACCGACUUCAAAUCUGAAGAUGCAGAACCUAUAACACAUGGCCUGAAACCCUCUCUGUAUCUUCUGUAUCUUUUCGCAUAGUGUACUGACACAAUUGUCGCACCUCAUCAAUUCAUCAUAGGCAUAUAAUUCAUACUCAAAGCCUCAUAUACUGAGCAUCAUUUAUCAUAGGCAGUAAAAAUCACCAGAUUUUUCA